AUGUCCGGCGAGCUGACACAAAGUGUCAUCAAGAGAAUAAUUCGCCAAGUCGGCCUGGAGUGCGCUGCCCGGGGACAAAGCCUCUCGGAAACCUUGGUGGCCUUCAUGGUGAAAGCUGUUGUUUUAGAUCCAAGAAAUGACUUUAAUAUGGAUCGAAUCCUUACAGAAAAUGAUAUGCAGGAUCUUAUCCAGCUCUGUGUUACCAGACUGCUUGACACAACAAACCCAUCCCUAAGCACAAUUAAGAUGCAAGUUUACUUUGAUAUGAACUAUGCAAACCGAGAUGAAUUACUGAGUGAGCAGGAGCGUGUUCUGGAAGGAAAACUGGCUCCUGUGGUUAGAGCUAUCACAGAGAGUGGUCCACGUACGCAAGAAGAAAUGGAGAAUGUGUUUCAAAAGAUUGUUACCUAUGCGCUGCUGAGAUCUGGCCUGGGAUCCCCAACAGAUAUUGAGAAUGUCAGGGAGGUAACAGCUGCCUUGCAGAGUGUAUUCCCCCAGGCAGAGAUGAUUCCUUUCAUCUCACUCAGUAAGAAGGACAAAGAAGAACAACUGAAAGAUCUUGCCAUGCUAGUCAAAGGAAUUCGUUUGUACAACAAGCAGUGCCAGAAAGGAGGAAGCGGCAUUGAUGACUUGCCAGACAUCCUGAAUGAAGCCAUUCUGUCAGCUACACGGACUCUUGAUGAACGUCUGAAUUCCUGCCAGCUGCUAGCCCACCGCUACACAGCCCUGUUGGAAUCCAUGCAGGAGGACCCCCACAGAGUCUCCCAUCUUAGGACUUUUAAAUUAAAAGAAGCACUAUUUAAUGUGAGACAGUAUGAAGCCUUCCUUUGCAUCCUUCAGUCUAAUGUAAUUACAAGUGCCCAAGAAGUUGAAUCGUUGGAUGUUCAGUUUGAAGCAGCAAUGAUGGUAUUGAAAAACACAGUGCAGGAUAAAACUUCCAUAGAGUUCAAAGAAGUUUUUCCUCUGUUUAUGGAACUUUCUAAGCUUUGGACCAGCUUUCAGGAUGAAAUGCUACUGCUAAGCUUCUUCACAAAUAUGGCUAACAAUCUGCAACAAUUCUUGGAAAUCCAAUCACAGCUUUUUCCAGAGGAAAUGCUAACAUCUCUUCUGGAAGGAGUGACUGUGAAAAGUGAUGAGGAAAGGAUAAAAGAAACCAUGGAAACCAGAGUCAAUGUUUCUGAUUUCAAGAACCAAGAAUGGCUUUUUCUAGAGACUACUGAUAAUUUUGAUCAGUUGCUAAUCCAGUACCAUGGUUUCUGUGCACAUUCAAUUGGUGUGAAAGGUAUCACCCUACCAGGAAAUCCUGCUAUUGGAAUUUUGAAGCACAAGGCGAAAUAUUAUGUUUUCAGUUCAAAAGAAGCUGCAUACAUCUUUGCUCAAGAUCCAGAUAAGUUCAUUCAAUUGAACGUAGAAAAAGCAAAACAAUAUGCAGAGCUAAUUCAACUGCUUGAGCUCCGUCAUCAGUUUGAAUACCUUGUUCCACAUGCACAGGCCAGAAAGGCAAGCAAAAGUUCAAUGGAACCACUCCCAAAACGUGACAGUGGUACUCAAACUGAUACUCAUAUCUUGCCUCCAACUAUUGUGAGAUCCUAUGAAUGGAAUGAAUGGGAACUGAGAAGAAAAGCUAUAAAAUUGGCCAACUUGCGCCGCAAGUUAACUCAUGCCAUGCAGACUGAUCUCAGCCACAUGAGAAGAGAGAACUUCACCCAAGUGUACUUGCCAAAAGAUGUUGGCACCCAGACUAAGCGUGACAACUCAACCAAUGUACCCAAACCCCAGAUUUUCUUGAAAGGUCUCCGAGGAGGAUCAUCUCCCACUACUCAUAUGGUCACAGUAGACUUAACAAGACCACUGGAUGAAACCUAAGUGAAAAUGAGAAACCUGAAGACACAUCUUGAAAGUAAACGUGUCGGUGGCAACGAGCUUGCUCCUGGCAAUCAGAAAUACGUGUGUGAGAUUCCUGGAUGCUCG